AUGAAUCUAGUGACAUUUAUCAUCAUUAUUUCUUCGUUUGCAAAAAUAUUUCAAGCACAUAGUUUUGGAUUUGGUGGUCCAUCUGCCAAUGGAUAUGGUUUACCUCAAAAUUUUCCAUUUAUUCAAAAUGCCAUUCCAUCAACAACAGCAAAUACGGGUCCACCAACAUUUCCUACCUUAGCACCUCCAAUUGAUCCUCGAAUCAAAAAAUUAGAUGCUUUAGUUGACUCAAUGUUGAAUGCAAAAAAUUUGCAGAUCCAAAUUCCAUCACCAUUUAGAGUUAAAAGAAAAAAAUAA